UUGAAGGAUGCAAAUCCUAGCUCAUGUAUCUUCCUUGUAUCCAUACUAUGUGGACUAUUGUCUCCUUCUUUGUUAUUGCACCUGAAAAUAAAACCAACAACCAAUCAAUCUAUAAAACGAGACGAACAAUGAAAGCUUGAUUGAACCUAACGACAAGGAGAUUUGUGACUUGUUCUCAAGCGGGUAAUUAGGAGACUUGUUCCUUAACUACUCAAUGAUCUCAAUGAGCAACCAAACUUGAACAUACGAUUCUCCCUGUUGCUUUAGGCUCUUCCAUGGCCAACUCAUGUGUAGCAACUACAUUGUAUUUUUUCUUCCUUUUUGUUGGAUACGAAACUACAUCGUCUAUGUGCACAAACCCUACAAUGAAAUCAGGGUACUCGAUCUCCAGCAAGACCUUUGACAAUGGCAAGGAUGACUUGGACCAACCACAAAAGAAGGGUUCCAUGUAUAACCUUUUCUCAUCAGCUCCAAGCCUCUCUCUCGCCUAGAGUCUUUGCAUAUCCGUACCACAACUAAUGCAUCAAGUUAACCACACAUGAUCCAUCAAUGGAGUCUUCUUAAUCAAAAUCUCAAGUAGAUUAAAGUGUGUGAGAGAGAAAUGGUUCUCACAUUGAAGUGUUUGCAGUAGUCAGGGUCGCUCCAAUACGACUCGUUGAAAGGAGAGGCUUUUGUGGCAUCUAACCUGUACCGGAUCGAAGAGCAAGAACACGUAAGAAAAAUCCUUCUUACAGUUUUUUGGAUUUAAACAUAAAAGUUCAUCACGUUAAUUAGUUGUACCUUUAAUGGUAGGAUCAACCAAUGACUCUUGAAUGUUGUGAUCAUAUGGUACAAGAAUAGGAGAUGCCGUGUGCUUACAAGUUGCUUACAAGUUGAAGUUUUAGAUUUUACCGAUUGUCGUGCUUCCACGUUUUUUACCUUUUUUGCGGAACCAAUUACCUUAGGUUUUAUAAUUUGUCAACAAUUUAUUGUAACACCUUAUUUUCAUUUCUUGAAAUGAUAUUUACAUUCUUCCUAAAAAAAGAAAAGAGAGAUGUCGUGUGGGCGGAUCCAGGUAUGUAUAGUUUGAUCCUCAACGACAAGCCUAAGCGCGUUGAGUUUCAAAUGAGAAUCCUUGAACGUUCUGGUCUCGGUGAAGAGACUUGUCUCCCCCCAGCUAUUCAUUACAUUCCUCCAACACCAACCAUGAACGAGGCUACAAGUGAGGCUCAAAUGGUUAUCUUUUCGGCUAUGGAUGAUCUUUUCAAGAAAACCGGUAUAAUGCCCAAAGACAUCAAUAUACUCAUUGUGAAUUGCUCUCUUUUCUCUCCCGCCCCAUCGCUCUCUGCUGUGGUCAUCAACAAAUAUAAGCUUAGGAGCAACAUUAAAAGCUUUAAUCUGUCGGGGAUGGGCUGCAACGCGGGCCUAAUCUCAGUCGAACUGGCCCGCGAUCUGCUUCAGGUUCAUCCCAAUUCGAAUGCAAUUAUCAUCAGCACCGAGAUCAUAAUGCCUAAUCACUACAAAGGGAACGAGAGAGCAAUGUUGCUGCCUAAUUGUCUCUUUCGCAUGGGCUCCGCGGCAAUUCUUAUGUCAAACGGUCGGUCUGACCAGUGGCGAGCCAAGUACAAGCUUAGCCACCUUGUCCGGACCCACCGUGGUGCUGAUGCACAAAAUUAGUUUUCUUGUUAUCAUCGGUGCCGUCCAUAAUUAAUUUGGUUUUAAUAUGGAGUAUUGUGGCUAGAGCUAGAGAUUUGGAAUAAGAAUACAUAACUCGAAUUCUUUUUGACAGUGGUUUUAGAGUCAUGUUUUGACCAUUUGAGGCAAUGAUUUUUGUCCUUCAUGCCAACUGAUCUUUGUUUAUCAAAGAGGUCACGAUAUUUUUUUUUUCUUUACACAUAUAACAUACUUGUAUACUAGUACAAGCACGACCAAUAGACCGUUAUAAAGACGAACAAAUCUUUUCACUACGUGAAUAUUAAGAAGUUGCAAUGUGAGUCAUAUAUAUGAAUAAUCACGUAAAUGUUUUAAUUUGAAACAUGAUUUGGAGAAUCAAUAUUUUAAUUAGUAUGAAAG